UUGUUGUUUCGGAGUAAUAUAUUAAACUACGCGUCUGUGUUUAAUGUGUUGGUUUAGCGUAACUCCGUUUCGACGACGGCGAAACGAAAAAAAUGGGAUUACGUUAGCCUACAAUUCCCACCUUCUUAACUGAACUCCGAUUGGCUGCGUGGCGCUGUCAGUCAGGGGGCAGGCUCUUACCCCAGCGCUCCUACAGUAAAUAUUUGUGUUUGCUCAGCCGGCUGUAAUGGUGGACGACUGAGAAAGGAAAGGGGAGAAACAUAAUCGGAAAAAUUGAAUCCCAGACCAAACACUACCGUCCGCGGCUCGGAAAUACACUCCGGCGAACAUGGAUGAACUAAAACAUCAAGUGAUGAUAAACCAGUUCGUCCUGACAGCUGGAUGCGCCGCAGAUCAGGCCAAACAGCUUCUGCAAGCGGCACACUGGCAGUUUGAGACAGCCCUCAGUGCCUUUUUUCAAGAGACUAAUAUCCCAUACGGUCAUCAUCAUCAGAUGAUGUGUACACCAGCAAACACGCCGGCGACUCCACCGAACUUCCCGGACGCUCUCACCAUGUUCUCCCGCCUCAAGGCAUCGGAAAGCUUCAGCAGCAGCAGCAGCCCCAGUAUGGCGUCCAUGGCCACCUCUCCCCCUCCACCCCCGGUCAGCUGGGGCAUGACUCCACCCGUGGCCAGCCAGCAGGGAUUAUGGACUCAGGGCCCUCCUGGCACACAGGCCCACCCUCCCCCGGGCUGGCCGUCCACCGUCAACCAGCAAGCAGCCGCUGAACAGAAGGCCAGCGUGGCCAUGGAGGCUGAGAGAUGAGGAGCAGGACUGCACAGCCCCUCUCCCCACUCUCACUGGGGUGGUAGAAAAGGGGAGGAGUAAAGCGAAAGGUGGGGGUACGAUUAUAGAGAGGAGGGAGGGUGGGACAAGGGGCACUCGCUUUGUCCUCUCACCUUAAGAAGAGGUGAGAAGGAGAAAGUGAUACAAGCAAGAAUCCACCAAGCAACAUGGACAAUUAAGGGGAGGGGUGAAGUAGAGAACAGCCAAUGCAAAGAUAAUAAGAAAAAAAAAAUAGAGACGCACAUUGUAUUACUGAGAAGCAACUGAAUUUUCCUAGGUUUUUUUUUUUCUUCUUCUUCUUCAUUAAAAAUAGAUGAGUAUGAAUGGGACUAUGAUCGCCAUGCCCAAGGAUUAUUUCUGGUAUUUUCUGAAAGAUGGACAUAUAUGUACUCUAAGGCAGCAACUUUUGUCACGUUUUCUUUUCAAGCUUUCAUCUGGUGUCCUUUUCUGUACUCGAAACAUUACACAAGUUGACAUUGCAUGAGGAGUGGAGCUGUUAUUGCAUUUUUUUAUUGAAUAGUAUUCAUCACACGCGUUCAUGUGUUCAGUGUGUGUGGUGCUCACACACAAGCAGCAGCAAGUCGAUAGGACAGUUUCCUUUCUACCGUCAAUACUGGGACUCUGGACUUUGCUUACCUCACUGGUCACCUGACUUUCCUCAGCCAAUCAGGGAAUCACACUAGUUGAAUGAAAACGUUUUUUUAAAAAGCCGGAUUUUACAUAGGGUAUCAGCCCUGCUUCUCUUCCUAAUGCAGUAACGCAGUGAUGUUCUCAAAAGGUGUUAGGCUUGCUAAAAAACAUCUGGACUCUUUUUUGUCCCCUGCAAUGACCAACAGCUCUUUUGAAAUCAUGGUUGAAUAUUUUAUUGAAAGCUUUUUCAGGUGUUUGGAGUGGAUCAGACUGUUUCUUAGCUGGGAAGGGGCUCAAACUUAAACUGAUUAAAACUACAUACAACCAGACUACUAUGACAUGUUUGUAAGCCGACUUGCCACUUUGCAUGAUGUCUUCAUAUAUAAAUAUAUAUCAUAUUUUGUAGUUUCUUGCUUUUUUGGGGGAAUUCUACAUGAUCUCCUUGUUUUUGCAAAAUGAUUUAUUUUUUUGAGACUCUUCUCUCAUUCCCUCCUCUGUUUUCAUCAGAGAGGGGAGGGUGUAAAGAAGGGCAUUGGACAAACGUCUCAGUUCAAGUUCAGGGUAGGACUCAUCCACGUUUCUACAGUCUGUUUAUUUAAAAAAGACAAAAUGAGAAUGCAUUUUUUUAAAAAUGUUGAUUUGAUUGUUUCUCUUAGAAGAAAAAAAUGAAAUAACCAUCAUGAACUUACUGUCAAUAACCCAUUUUAAAAUUUGUGCUUGGGUUUAUUUUCCGUUUCUUUUGUUUGUUUUUUCCACCAGUUUUCUAAUCAGAAUUGUCUUUUGGGAUCACAUGUUCCUAAGCGGAUUUUCAUGUACGUUUUCCCCUUUAUGACUGUAUUGAUACCAUUCCCACAAUAUUUGUGGACUACCUGAUAAUUAACUUAUCAUUGUUUGUGUUCCUAAAUAAAUAUUGUAUGUCA